AUGCUAUCAGAGCACCCGGAAAUGCGACGGACAAGCAAGAACAAGAUUCACGCCGACCAUUCACACAUCAGUGCUUUGAUCGACAACCUCAUGACACCGGAUAUCGCGGAGCGGGUUUUCCUUCGUUACGUGAACGAGAUUUGUCCACAUUUCCCUGCUGUACCUUUCCCUCCUGGUACGACAGCGCGUGAAGUCCGAGAGAAGAAACCGCUUCUGUUCCUCGCUGUCCUGGCUGGAUCUUCGCAUGGGAGUGCAGAACAACUGGUCUCGCAAGAGGCGCAACGCGAGUUGACCAAGCUCCUCAAAGAUCAGCUUGCCGACAUCAUCUGGCGCAACGGAGAAAAGUCGCUCGAAAUCGUUCAGGCAUUACACAUAUCUGUGCUUUGGUAUCGGCCGCCUCUUCAUUUUGAACAGCACAACUUCUACAUGAUGGUCAAUUGCGCUGCCGUAAUGGCUCUUGACCUAGGUCUCGGAAGGAAGGCAACUCCAAAUGUCAUGAGACUUUCGGUUGGUCCGUUCAAGAGGUACCAUCCCAACUCUAGCAGUGUCGAAGCCCGUCGGACUUUCCUUGUGUGUUACUAUCUCUGCAUGAGUAUCACAAUGGUUCUGCGACGACCAAUUCUGCUCCGCUGGACUAAUUACAUGGCGGAGAGUGUUCGCAUACUGGAGACCUCGCCAGAGGCAUUGCCUUCAGACAGACUGCUUUGCCAGCAGGUCAAGAUGGCGCAUAUUGGAGAAAAGAUCUCAGUGGAGUUCUGCAUGGAUGACCCUUCAGUCGAGGUCACCAUUUCCGAUCCAAAAGUCAUCUACGCCCUAAAGAUUUUUGAGAACGAGCUCAGCUCACUCCGGGAGGAGAAUUCCUCUCUGGGUGAAAUUGAUCGUAGGUUGUAG